AUGCGGUGGGCUAGUCGAUUUAGGAUUACCGGCGUUGGAAUAAAUAAGAAGAAUGGACUGUUCCCCACACGCUCAGUCGGGAGCAGUGCAGGCGCGCGCUUGGCUGCUGGAAUCCUAUCUAUUGCUCCGGUCGCCAGCGCGGUGCAACGGCAUGGUGCGAGAUGGUCCGCCAUUAUCAUGCUUUCCAGCCACUUGAUGGAUGCGGAAUUCCACUCAGCCCGUUCACCUGUGCGCAAGUUGCUGUCAGCCUCUGAUUUCACUGAAUUAAUUGCUAAAGUU